AUGGCCGAUAUCGAGAAACAAGUCAGCCUUCCUGUUUCUCGUGCAACAAGUGACGAAUCUGGUCCAAGUGGACCAAGCGGUAACGGGGCUGCUGGAGGAUACUUUGCCGGACCAGCACUCCAACACACGAUCAGUCAUGACACACAGCGAGCUUUCCCAGUAUACCACCGUAAACUGGGUAACCCAGCACCGCUCGGCCUGAUUUCUUUCGCUGCUACAACCCUUAUGCUGAGUUUGUAUAAUAUUCAGACGCGUCACAUUACUGUGCCAAAUGUGGUAGUUGGUAUGGCCUUUGGCGUCGGUGGAUUAACUCAAUUGUUGGCUGGUAUGUGGGAGUUUGGAGCAGGAAACACUUUUGGUGCUACAGCGUUUUCCGCAUAUGGUGGCUUCUGGUUCUCAUACGGAAUCAUCCUCUACCCUGGAAGCGGUGUUCUCGACGCAUACAAUGGUGACAAAUCUAAUCAGCUCAACGACGCUCUCGGAAUCUUUUUGCUCGUGUGGUUCAUCAUCACCUUCAUCAUGUUCUUCGGCACGUUCCGAGCAUCGGUUUCCCUUGCAGCCUUAUUCUUUUUCCUCGACUUGACGUUCUUAUUACUCAUGAUUGGCGAGUUCAUGCAAAAAACCCAAGUUACUCAAGCCGGUGGCGUUAUAGGAGCUAUCACCGCGUUUAUCGCGUUCUAUACGGGUGCCGCGGGUUUGUAUAGUCCCGAUGCAUCAUACUUUAUUCUCCCUGUUGGAGAUCUUCCAAAACGCAAGGAGGCUUGA